AUGAACCUGGCCCCUCCUCUUCGACGGGUCCUUGCCAAGCGCUACCUCCAUCUGACGCUGCUAGGGAGAAAUCAGCGUGGCCCGCUGACGUUCGAUGGUUGGUACCCGCGUGAUCACAAGCCCGGCCCGUACCCCGAAAAUGACGAGCAACGUCGUGCCGCCGCCACGAAGUAUGGCAUCCGCCCCGAAGAUUACAAGCCUAUGAAUAAGGACGACCCAAUCAAGUACGCUGGCGACUAUCCCGAUUUUGGCGUCGUCACAUUUGACCACAAAGACCCGUACGAGGACUAUUCCGACCGUCAGAUGCGCCGUAACUGGGGAGAAAUGGUCUCCAUCGACAUGAUGCGCUACCGACCCGAUCGUCUCACCUUCACCGGGCUCAACGAGGAGGACUAUACAUACUGGGGCCACUUCACGAUCAUGGCUCGCGUGCUCGUACCGAUGCUCGUCUUGACGUAUCUCUUCACUCAGUCCGACCCCAACAUUUUCCGAUGGCAGAACCCGGCGAUGCCCAAGCAGUACCCCUACGACUUUGCCCGUGCCUUCCCGUUCGGCGACCCGCGCGACUACCCAAUCAAGAACUAUUCCUUUGACCUCGAA